UGUCAGACGCGUAGGAAACGACAUCCUCGCCAUCGCCCUUGUCAUUGUCGGACCUGCCGCCGCCACUUGUCGUGAUUAGAAACGAUCAUAAUAACAAUUAGUUGUUGGCGAUUCUAGCGAGAUUAGGCACAACAAUUUCGGACCAAAGUGACUCCCGGUGCGCGUCAUUGCGUCCACUUCAGCCUUGAUCCCACUUCUGGCCCACAUCUCCAACUCUAUAGUCACUUUCGUGUUGCUCUUCGCCACUCCAACACUCACGACGACAGCGUCUCUCCAAGGACAGACCACCAACAGGCGUACCGCGCCAUCUGAUACUCGUCUCUGAGCCCGGGAGGGGAACGACAAUUCAUGCCUGUCGUCCAGCCUGGGUCUUUGGUCUUGGUCACUGGCGCGUCCGGCUUCAUUGGCGCUCAUACCGUCUCAGCACUCAUCAGUGCUGGCUUCAGUGUCCGUAUCGCUGUUCGUACCGCUGAGCAAGGCGCGCACGUCGUCCGACUCUUCCCCACCGAGCCAAUCGAUGUGGCACUCAUCGACGACUGGACCGACCCCGCGUCCUAUGUCAAGGCCGUAAAGGAUGUUCAUGCGAUUAUCCACCUCGCUUCGCCCGCCAACUUGGACCUCACGGCUGACCCCGAGGACAUCCUCAUCCCGGCGGUAAGGAGUGUCACGAGUUUACUCGAGACAGCCGACCGCACUCAGGCACUGGGCGGGAGCCUCAAGCGCGUCAUCUAUCUCAGCUCGGCUGCCGCGGCUGGACGCUAUGACAUCCCGGGGCCAGUGACAUUCACAGAGGAAGACUGGAACGACCAGAGCGUCGCAGCUGUGCAGACAUUAGGGGCAUCGGCCUCUGGGGCAUUCAAGUACUCUGCUUGUAAAACUAUGGCCGAGCGGGCACUAUGGGACUACGUCGAGGAUAUGGACCCCACAUGGGAUGCAGUGUCCCUCCUGCCCAGCUGUAACUUUGGCCCCACAAGUCAGCAAGCCACGGCUGGCGCCGUAACCACCUCGGGAUCCCUCAUUGUGGCCCUGUUCAAGCCCUUCCUCCAGCCAGGUAUACCAGACGAAUGCCUACACGAGUCGUUUGGCAACUUUGUCGACGUGCGCGACGUCGCACACUGCUGUGUGGCCUCGCUCUGCGUUCCUGAGGCCGGCGGCCAGCGAUUCAUCGUAUCAGCGUCUUCGCUGUGGGGUAAUGACUUCGCUCUCGCCGCCAGCCACGGCGUAUCAGAGCUCUCGGGUCUCACGAUGGGCCGAUACGACCCCAAGUUCCGCGGGCAGCUGGACUCGCAGGCGGUGCAGUACGACGGCAGCAAGGCCGAGCGCACCUUUGCGUUCAAGUACCGUCCGAAGGACGAAUCGCUCGAAGAGGCCGCGACGUUCAUCAAGGCGCAGAUGGUGUCUGCGUAUCUAAGCUCCAUCACGGGUGGCGGGGGUCUCCCCUCUUCCUCAUCGCCCAACAUGCCCUUCCUCCCCCGCGGCUCCCUCGUCCUCGUCACCGGCGGCUCGUGCUUCGUCGGAACGCACACGGUCGCCGCCCUCCUCGCCGCCGGGUUCAAGGUGCGCGUCACGGACAACCAGCACAAGAUCGGGCAGGUCCACGCCCUGUUCCCCGACGUCGAGUGCUAUGUGGUCAACGACAUCACUAGGUACGAUGCGUACGAGGACGCCGUAGAGGGCGUCGACGGCAUCAUCAACCUCGCGUUCCAGAGCACCACUUGCCACAUUGGUGACCACUUCUUCCUCGAGCGCGCGGUCCGCGGCGUCACUAGCCUGCUUAACAGCGUUGGCCCGUUAAAUCCUACCGUCAAGCGUGUUGUUCACAUUAGCUCGAUCGCAUCCGCCGGCCGCUACGACGUCCCAGGCCCUGUCAGCUACACGGAGAAGGACUGGAACGACCAGUGUGUCGACAUCGUGGAGCUCAAGCAGGCUGCUGCACCGAGCUCGAUCCAGUACUGUGCUAGCAAGACCCUCGCCGAGACUGCCUUCUGGGAGUGGAUCCGCCGCCGCCAGCCGCUGUGGGACGGUGUGGCUCUGCUUCCCGGCUGCACCAUUGGCCCCCCCACGCACGACACUCCCACCGGGAUGAAGGUCGACCACUGUGACCCCCUCGUGCUCGCCCUGUUCCAGCCCUUCCUCUCGACCGGUGCACCCCAGAAUCUCCUGAACCAGUCCUUUGGCAACUUUGUCGACCGCCGUGACGUUGCCGACGCGUGCGUAAAGGCCAUGCGUACCCCCGAGGCGUCUGGCGAACGCUUCAUCAUCUCGGGCACCCCGCUCUGGGGCAACGACUUUGCCCUCGCCGCCAACCACGCCCUGCCGGACCACUUCGAGUUCCUCCACGGCAACGAGGAUGUCACUUACCGCGCCGAGCUCGACAGGCAGGCCGUCUACUUUGACGGCUCGAAGGCGACCCACGUCCUCGGCCUCAAGUACCGCUCCAAGGACGAGUCAAUGACCGAGGCUGUCGGGUACAUUUUCAAGCAGCUUGAAGAUGCGUGGCGUGCGAAGCGGGAGGCGGAAGAGGGCGAGCUCUUCUGAAUGCGGAAAGACGUAACAGAUACCCCACCUUUCGUUGAGGAUACGACAAGUCUUACGAGUUAUGUAUGUACAGAGCCUCCAUGUACGAAG